CACACACACACACACUAGAUAGAUACACAGCGCUGCAAUCCGAUUCAUGAAGCUGGAGGAAGGGAAUGAAUGGGCAGAGCCAAUUAUUGUAAUUUAUGGUACGGAUUACCAGCAGCCGCCAAGAGCCCUCCAACACAGAGAAAGGAACCGACCUGGAAGAAUUUCAACGGCACCUCAGCAGAUCGACAUGGAAGCUGAAGUUGAAACGGAGCAGGAGAGACCAACUAAAGAGACAUCAUAAAAGGCGUGCACAUUACAUUCCCAUUGCCCACUUCGCAGAGCCAUUGGCUUCCCCACUUGUCUGCCCACCGCCAACCACGACGGAGAGGAGACCCUUGGAAAUCCAUGGGAUUUGCCCACCUAAAGUGCUCUCUGACAAGCUAAAACCACCCGCCAGACCCAGCACUAACCGCCCACUCCGUCCGUACAUACCAAACCUUGCCUGUGGUUGUUACUGCUUGUUACAGGCCUUUGUCUGGCUCUCUCUCCGGCUCUCCAGCGGGCGGUCUCCUCUUCCAACCAAACUCUGAUAAUCGAUCAUUCGAUCGACUCCUCCUCCUCCUGCUAUCUACUACGACAUCUCCUCCUUCUCCUCCUCCGGCCGGCAAUUCUGACCGACCUGGAACGUCUGACGACUUUCCCCUUUGGUCUGGAUAAUUUGGACCUAUUGUUACUUUCUUCCUCUUCCUCCUACCCCCUCCGUCUUUACCUUUCCUUCUUCUUUCUUGCAUCUUCUUCCUCAUCCUCUUCUCCACUUCCCGUCUUUCCUCCCGGAUCCGCGUCUCCCCUCUUUUCUCCCCCU